AGAUUCAGUGUAUGAAGUCGUACUUAUCUAAUAUUUUAUCUUUCUCUCUCUUCCGGUCUCUCCUUCAAUCAAACACACACAAUCUAUCACCAUUUCUCAUAUAGGCAAAAACAUACGAUUGAGGUUGUUGGUUAAGAAUGGAUAACAAAAAGUCCAAUGAUUCUGUGCCUGGUUCUGCCUCAAAUGUGAAAUCAAAGCCGCCGUCAUCCUUAUCUCUAUACCUAGCCACCAAAUUUGGACGGAAACAAAGGCAGUCCAUGAAUGGGUCAGCAACCAAAAAAAUUGAUUCGUCAGUAUCUACUGACGAUAUUAUCUCCAACACUGAUUCUAAGAAAUCAUUGUCUGAUGUCAAGCUGAGAAAACUCGCCUUAAUCGACCCCAAGUGUGCUAGAAGGAUCUUGACAAAAAGAAAAUUCUUCGCAAGAUUGAGAGAAAGAAAGAUUAAUAAUUACAUUUACAAGCUUAAGAAAAGGGUACAAGCAUUGCAAACAAUAGAAGCAUACAUAUCUGCAAAAACGUCUAUGUUACAAAGCAAUGUUGAAAGAAUCGCUGCUGAGAACAAUUUAAUAAAGUUGGAUGUGGAAAUCAGGAUGCAGUACAUGUACUCGCAAAUGGCAAUGAUCGCUGCUUUAGAAGAGGAAAUGCAACAAUUGAUAGGGGACAUUUUGCAACUAGACUAUGACAACAAUCGAGUCAUUGAGGAGGAUGACGACGAUGAUGAUAAUGAUGAUGAGGAGGAGGAGGAGAAAGAAGAGAAAGAGAAAGAGGAUGAGGAUGAGGAUGAGGAUAAGGAGGAAGAUGAUGAUGAUGAUGAUGAAUAGGAAGAAUAAGAGAAAAAGUGGUAUCAACAAAAGGGAAACAUUGAAAUAAAAAAAAAAUAAAAAAAAAGACUUAUAAAUAAUACUUCACCUUGAAUUUUUAUCUGUCAGGUUUCCAAAAUUUAUUUUGGUCUUUCUUAUGUUUUAUCUUUUACUCGUGAACAUUAAAUACUCUUUGUUAGAGAUUAUGCAUUUUAUUUUAUUUUUUUAAGUUUUAUUUCGACCAA